AUGGCUUCAACUUCAAAGUCAAAUGAAGAUUCCUCAGCUACUAAUCCAGACGACGAUUCCCUAAAGUGUAUAACUGGACAACAGAACGUUACACCAAAUAGGUUUAUUAAGAGUCAGCCGAAAACUGAUGUUUCGCUUGGUUUUUCAAAUUCAAACCUAACUGAUGAAAAAAACUUGAAAGGAUCCAGUAAUACUCCACAAGUAUUUCUGAGUACUUCACUUCCAUGUCUUUUUGAAAAUCCUUUGAGCUUGAACUCGAUUUCUAAAUCUCUUCCUGUUUUAUAUCAAAUCAAUAAUCAUACUGUACAUUCAGAGAAUGAAUUGUCGGUACAUAUUAAGGACAAAAAUGAGAGUAUAUUUAUUCAACCUGACAACUCGCCAAAAAAUAUUCAGUUAACUAAAUCUGAUUCAAAUGAAUCGUUGAAUCAUUUAAAUACAAUGGAAUUGAUAAGUAAUUUAAACACUUCUAUAAAUAAUAAUAAAUCUAAUUGUCUACCUAUAAUUGAACCGAAUAAAUUACUUAAUAACAUACCAAACACAUCAAAUGUUGAUUCAUUAUUAAUUAAAGAAUUAGAAAAUUCUAUAUAUCAUAUUAAAUGGAUUAAAUUUAAUAAUCAAACACGUCCAAUUAUAACACAAAAUAACAAUGGUCCAUGCCCAAUGAUUGCUAUAGCAAAUGUACUUUUAUUACGUGGAACAAUUAAUUUAUCAAAUGAUAGUGAAUUAAUCAGUGGUAAUCGUUUAUUGGCUAUUCUUAGUGAACUACUUUUAUCGAAAGCUCCUAAUGAUCUUGAUUACGACCAACAAAUUAAUUAUGAGUCGAAUUUCCGUGAUGUACUUUGCUUAUUUCCCAGUUUACAAACUGGACUUGAUAUAAAUAUCAGGUUUACUGGUGUUGCAGAUUUUGAGUACACUCCAACAUUAAGCUUAUUUGAUUUGUUCAACAUACACAUUUAUCAUGGUUGGCUUGUGGAUCCUGAUGAACAUGAUUUAGCUGCAACUGUUGGUAAUCGAACUUAUAAUCAAUUGACUGAAGAGUUACUCCGAUUAGAAUCAUCUGAUAAUUAUGAGGAUUUAAAAAGAAGUAUACUUGUUGAAUGGUUUCUAAAUGAAAGCGGUUCACAGUUAACUUUUCAUGGUCUAAGCCAGCUAGUUACAACUUUACACGAUGAAGAAUUGGCUGUGUUUUUUCGAAAUAAUCACUUUAACACCAUAUUAAAGCAUAAGGAUUCAAUAUUUGUAUUAGUCACAGAUAUGGGUCUUCUCAAUGAACCAAAUAUUGUUUGGGAGUUAUUAAAUGAUUUAGAUGGUGAUACACAGUUUGUUGAUUGUUCAUUUCAAUUAUUUUGUCCAACAACAUCUGAUUCAUCAAUUCGAAAGACAUCUGAUGCUGUUCGUGUUAUUACAAUUAAAUCGGAUAAAUUGGAUUCAAAAUCUAGAACCGAUUGUAAAAGUACUAGUAAUAGUAAUAACAGUAAAGAUAAUUUUGUCGAAAAACAAUACUAUCCUGAUUCCGUACCUGUGUAUAAUCUCAGUGAGAGUAAUUCGACUUCACUAGAUUAUGAUUUAUGCAAAAUGCUUCAAGAAGAAGAAAUCAGAGCUUCAAAUCAAGAUCCAGAAACAUUUUGGAAAUUAUACAAAUAAAAUAUUUACCUCAGCUUGUAUUUGUUCUUC